CCAUAAGUUUUUCAUUCCUUCAUUUUUUGCACCUUACUUACUAACGCUUCUCAGAUGGGCCGUUGUUUGAGCCAGAGGCCCAUAUGCAGAAAUGGCGGGAGAGCCCCAAAACGACCUGCCGUUUCGAUGAGUCGGUCGGCGCCAUUUCUGUUCACCUUCAGGUCGACUGUUCACAGAAUCAAUUUUUCCCACCGAAAUUUCGAAUGGAGAUUGAAGGUGAAGACGGCUCGAGAAUCGAAAUUCGUUCCAAUACUGAGGCCGUGUUGGGCAGGGGAUCCGGCUUCCGCACCGCCGACCGCACUGUGUCCCGCCGGCAAGUGCUGUUGAGGGCUGACGAGGCCGAAACUCAGCCCCUUAGGGUUUCGUUCGAGGUUCUGGGGAAGAACCCGGUGUGGGUUCGGAGCGGGGGAGGGGGGGAGGUGAGGGCCUACAGGAGGUCAGAGAAGGGUGAGGUGGCGGCGGGGGACUGGCUCUGUGUCUCCGGUAAACAGCCCGUUUGGUUCGCUGUGAAGGGAAUUGACGGGGGGAGGGACUCGGGGAGCGAGAGCCAAGUCGAAGCAGAGAGUGCCCGUGUGCCAGAGACCGAUGUCGACCCGGUUAAAGAGUUCUGUUUUCUUGUUAUUGGGCACGAGUUUGAUCAAUACCCUAAGCAAAUGAGGCGCGACGUAAAGGACUGGAAUUGGUUCCUUGAAGAACCUAGCAAAGACAGUAGCGAAGACGAAGAUGAAGACGAGUAUGACAAGAAAUCGAAACCGAGGAAGAGGAAGAAGAGGAAAGAGGUUAGAGGUCACAAUGAGGAUGAAGAUUGGACCAGUGAGAGCGAGGAGGAGGGGGAAGAUUUGAUGGGACCCGUGAAGGUUCAGAAACAGAAGUACUUUACAAGAUCAAAAGACCAUAAGAGAACGAAAGGCUGUGAUGACAAGUCCUUACAUAAGAAGAGAGCUUCUGGUUCGAGAGAUGAAGGUGACGCAGAGGACGAUGAAGAGGAAGAAGACGACGAAACACUAGGUGGGUUCAUCGUGAAUGAUGAUAAUGUUGUACCAGAAGAAGAUGAUGAGAGUGAUGAAGGAGAGGAAGAGGAAGAGUUUAUUGAGGACGAUGAGGAGGACUAGACUUACAUAAUCUGAUCUGAUCUGAUCAGGGAAACCAACCAAGCCUGACUUUUGAUUAAACUAAUUCAAUAGUAAGAAUUCAUAUUCCUACGCAGAGAGGAUAAUUUAAUGAUUUAUAUUAAAUUUAUA